AUGGGUGCGAUGGCGAAGCUGAAGGCCCGUAUCGCAGAGCUGGAGAGAAAGGCCGAUGCGCUGUCGGUCUUGAGGCCCAGGGAGUAUUUGAGCAGCUCGCUCGAGUUCAGCAACUUGGUGAGCCGAUACAACGCCCUGGCCGAGGCCAAGGCGCAUAUCAAAUUUGAAUUGGCUCCGAUUCCGGGAACGGCCCCGCUGACUAUGAACCUGAUGAUGCUGUUCGAGGUCUCGCUGAUGCGCGUCGCCCAGACGGCCUGCGACUUCUUUCGCAAGCACGACGACGCCGAAGAGGCCGCGGUCAUGGGCGAGUUUCGGAGUGCGCUACUGACGCGCGAAGCGGAGCCCGUCGAAAUUACGUUGACGGUGGAUGGCGGCGCAGCGACUCCAGUGCUCGACGCCGAGGCGGCGCUGCUCGCGGAGAUCCCGGAGCGCCCGCCGCGCGAGGUCACCGUCCGCGUGACGCAGCCGCGCGUCGCCGAGGCCCUCGCUGCGCCUCGGUGCUGCCUCGUCAUCGUCGAACCCGAGACCGACUGCCGGCUCUUCCCGCUCGACGCGCGCGCCCUCGCGACGCCCGUGGCGGAGUUCCUGAUGACGUCGUUCCUCGGUGAGGUGGACGCCGGCGACGAGCGGGACACGUUGCUGCGCGAGCUCCGGCAGACAAUAGUCGUGAGCGCCGCCCACGAGAAAAAUGCUGACGCGACGCCCGCCGGUCGCGCGCUGCGAACCCAGCUGGUUACGACAUUCCGCUCGGGAAAGGCCAAAGUGACGAGCUCGAAGCUCGUCCGCACGGACGCCACGCUGGCCGACGCGACGGACGCGGCGGCGCCUCUAGUCGUGCUGCACGCCAUCUCCCGGGUCGACAGCUGCGCCGCGCACGUGACGCUGACGCUCCGCGACCAUGCCAUGGAGGCGACGCUGCCCGACCUGCUCCUGCCGCAAGGGGCAUUUCCUAUCCCGUUCCAGGAUCUGCUGGAUGUAUAUAUCCAGUCAUCGGGGAGGUCGUCCAGCGCGGGCGCGCGCGACGCCUUCAGCAGGGAGACCGCCGCCCCACUCUUUAAAUGGGUGUCCGCUCCGACAUCGAUGGUCCAGGUCUCCGUUAAUGGAGGUGCGCCGGAGCGCAUUCAUACCGGACUGGAGACGAUUGCCGCGCCGGAAGGCUUACAAGUGCCGCAGCAAGUGACGCGCGUGGCGGUCGACGUCAUCGUGUCGCUGCUGCCGACGCCCGGCUCGAGGACGCCGGACCAGAAGUUCUGGCUCGAGCCCGAGCUCCCGGCGCUCGUGGCCGCGUCCGUCGCGGCCUUGGAGGCGGGCGAGGAUCACCCGUCGAAGCCGUGGAAGAAACUCGAGGUCCUGGGCAAGUUGGGCGUCGAGGUCGCGACGGUCGAGCUGAAGUGGCUCGGGGUCCUGAUCGCGCUGGGGACGUUUCCGCGGCCGUCGCGCGUCGCGUGGGGCGUGGAGGAUCCACAGCUCCAGACGCUUAACACGCUCCUGAACCUGCGGCCGGGGCAGCGCCUCGACCACUCGCCCGCGUGCCGGCGCUUCCUCGACGAGCACUGCGGAGGGCGCGGCCCGGGAGCUCAGAUGGACGCGCUGCGCCUGCUCGCGACGAAGCGCCUUUCGCUCUUCUUGUGCGGCCCCCGCGCGAACCUGAGUCACAACCUUGUGAAUUUCGUCCUGGAGAACGCCUGCAAGUCGCCGCACCCGCACGCCGUGACGACGGCACUCGUCUUCGCGUACUGGGUCACCGAGACCAAGGGCGCGGGGGGCUUCCCGUUCCGGGGCUACAAACACAAACAUGCCGACUUUGAUACGACAGCCGCGGCCUUCCGCCGCAAGGUCGUCGAGGCCGUCCUGUCGGCGGGUCACGACGACCACUACGCCGACUACGGCGCCGGCGCCGACCGGGCAAAGCGGUCGCUGACGGACCUCGCGGUCUUAUGGACGGCCCAGUCCGACCCGGACGCGCGUGUGUGCUACGAGGCCGCGGGCGCGGCGGGCAACGCGCUCGCGGCCGCCGUCGCGGCGCGCCUCGGGACCGAGUCGCCGGCGACGCUGAAGAAGCUCGUGCGCAAGUACCGGCUCGACGACUUCGCGACGAAGCACAUGGAGACCCUGCCGGAUGGUCUCACGCGGCUCGAGGCCGCCGUCCUCCGGCACGCGCCCGACGAUGGCGCCGCCGCCGCGCCGCGACCCAAGAAGGAAAAACAGCGCGUAGUUGUAUCGCGCGCGGACGCGGCGGCGGUGAGCGACAGCUUCGCCCUCGAUGACCCCGGCGCCAGCGGCACGCUCUCGAAGAAGAAGCAGGCGGAGAGGGACCGGAAGGCGCGGGACAAGGAGAAGGAGGAGAAGCGGCGGGCCAAGCGGAAAAAGGCUGACGCGCGCCGCCGCGAGCAGGCGGAGCAGGAAGCUGCUGCGCGCGAGGAGGCUGCGCGUGAAGAGGCCGCGCGCGAGGAAGCCGAGCAGGCGGCCGCCGCUGCAGCAUCGCCUGCGCCCGCACCGGUGGCCGCCGACGAGCCCGCAGACGAGCCUGCCGACGAGCUUGCCGACGACGCGCCGCUGGACGCCGCCACACCUCCGGACGACGGCGACUGGACCGACGUCCGGUCGCGGCGCGAGCGGCGCGCGGCCGCCGACGAGCCCCAGGCCCCCGCGCCGGCCGAGGACGAGGCGGCGGACCCGACGACCGCGGCGCUCGAGGCGGCGGAGCUGGAUUGGGCCGCGGCCCAGGCGGCGCGCCGGGCGGCCGCCGACCGCGAGGCCGAGGCCGCGUCGCUGGCCCUCGCGCGGCGGCUCGAGGCCGAGGACCGCGCGGCCGCUGCCGCGGUCCCUCCGCCACAGGCGCCGGCUGCCGCGUACGGUGGCGCCGCGCCCGCGGUCCCUCCGCCAAAGGCGUCGGGCGCCGAGCACGGCGGCGGCCGGCGCGUGGCGCGCAGAUUCUUCGUGGGGGCUCUGCCGAAGGCUUCGGUACGAGGCGCGGACCUCCGCGCGUACUUCGAGCGUUUCGGCGCCGUGAGCGAGGCUGUAGUCAUGUUCGACCGCCCGACGCAACGGUCGAGGGGGUUUGGAUUCGUGACGUUCGUGGAGGAAAGUGCUGCAAGGGCGUGCGCGGCGACGCACCACCACGAACUGCACGGCACGUUCAUCGACGUGAAGGAGGACGAGAAAUACCGCGACCGCUACAAGACGCGGAUCUGCAAGUACGGGCCGCGCUGCCCCUACCUGCGGACGGGCGACUGCCAGUAUCUACAUCCUGAAGAGGAGGAUUACGCCGCGACGCAGGCGCGGAUCGAGCAGUACGCGCCCGCGCCGCCCGCACCCGCGCCGCCGCCCGCGCCGCCGCCGCCGCCGCGGACCGCGCCGCCGCCCCCCGAACCGCUCCCGGCGUGGGGCGCCCAGCCGCCGCCGCCGCCGCCGCUGCCGAUCUCGCCGGUCGCGCCGCCGCCCGCGCGGGCGCCGCCGGCGCUGCCCGGGCUGCCCGGUCCGCCCGCCUGGGCCGCGCCGACGGCGCCCGAGGCGCCGUGGGCGCCGCCGCCCCCCUCGGCUUGGUCCGCGCCGAGCGCGCCGGCGCCGCCGGCGGACGCGCUCUGGCCCGCGACCGUCGAGGACCCACCGGCGUGGGAGGGCGUCGCCGCGCGCCCGCGCGCCCGCUCCGACUCGGACUUUGUGGUGCCCGAGGGUUUGGUGGACGUCGAGCGGCGGUCGAACUGCUCGCUCGACGCGAUCAUCGCCGUGCUCUCCCAGUCGCCGACCUUCCGCCGCGAGCUCGGCGACGGCGCGGAGGCCGCCGCGGCCCAGUCGGACGCGCUGCGGUACCUCGGCGACGCGUUCCAGGCGAGCGCCGAGGGCUCGGACGCGGGCGUGGACGCGGCGGUCGACGGUUUGCGUGCGGCGUUAGCCAAGCGGAGCAACGACGAGGCCGGCGAGGGCGUCCGGAGCGAGCUGGCGACGGGCGGCGCGCACCUCGACGUGGCCGAGGUAUUGGGGGAAGUCGUCGCCGUUCUCGGUACGGCGAAGAAGUGCCGCUCUGCCGCCCUGGCCCUGCGCACCCGGGGCCACAUCCACCAGCAGGCCUGCAGGAAGUGCGGCCACCGCAACGCCGACUUCCGCGACGACGUGGCCUUCGACGAGCUGGCGCGGUCCGCGCCGGCCGCCGCUCUGGUCCACGCCGCACGGUCCGACGGCGGCAGCGUCGCGGACGUGUUCCGCGACGCGCACGCGCACGCGGCCAAGUCGUGCGACGCGUGCCGGGCGCAGGGCGCGUGCGAAGUCGACGUGGUCCUCGAUCAUGCCGCGAAGGCGCUCGUGCUGAGCCUCGCGUGGUACUCGACGGACCAGGAGGGCGACGACGUCGCGGCGCUGCUCGAGCUCGUGUGGCGCGACGCGCGGCUCCCGGCGAAACGCGUGUUCUCGUCGAUCGGCAAGGUCAAGUUCGAGGUGGACCUCUUCGCGGUUGCCGUGUUCCAGAACGCGCACUACACGGCGUUCGUGCGGGCGAGGGACGGCUCGGACUCGUGGACGUACCACGACCGGCGCUCGGCCGUCGCCGUCGGAUCGUUCGCGAACGUCGUCCAGCAGUGCCGCGACGGGCCCAUGCUGCCGUACCUCUUGUUCUACGACUCGCUCACGGCGGUGCCGGGGGCUUAG